AUGUUGGCCAAACGACCAAUUCUAGGUUCAUUAUGGAAUCCAUGUGGUCAAAAGCACAGGUUGUUAUAUAUAGCUAGAUCUUAUUCGAUAGCAAAGUCUCCACUUCGAAUCGCAUUGUUUGGAACUGACAAUUUCACGGUCCACUCACUCAAAGCUCUGCAUCGAUAUCAACUGGCGAACCCUCAUGUGAUUGAGUCGCUUCAUGUUAUUACGAGAACACCAAAACCAUCUGGCAGAGGCUUGAAAGUCGUAAAAGAGGCUCCCUCGGCUGUAUAUGCAUUUGAACAAGACAUUCCAGUUCUUCGUGCUGAGACUGAUUCUGAUAUUGUAGCUUUGGCUGACCAUGGCUACAAUUUGGCAAUUGCAGUGUCAUACGGGAAAUUAAUUCCCGCUCAAUUCUUGUCGCAACUAACUUACGGUGGAAUCAAUGUUCAUCCAUCUUUGUUGCCUGAUUUAAGUGGUGCUGCUCCACUUCAUAGGGCCCUGUUGCGAGGCUAUGAUACAACUGGUGUUACAGUUCAGACCCUCCAUCCUACUAAAUUUGAUCGAGGAAAGAUCCUACUGCACUCACCUGAAGUUCACAUUGCAAAAAACGAAACGUUACAAAGCCUCGAGUCCAAACUUGGCGAGCUCGGCUCAGAGUGUUUGGUUACAGUCGUUGACGAAUAUCGGUUUGCAGAUCCUGAUCUCAAUGUUCCAACUGCCACCAAGUAUUCGCCCUCUUAUGCCCCAAAAAUCCAACCAAAAGAGAAAAAUAUCAAUUUUACAAAGCAUUCACUUUCACAAAUUUUGUUGAAACAUCGUAUUCUCGGAAAACUAGCGGUAUUCCAGCCUACAGCUGACGGUGUAAAGCGUAUUAUUCUGGACAACAUCAUUGAUGCUUCCAGCCUGGCUGAUGUUGUGACUAAUGAGAAAGCGAGAUUGGACUCGUUACAGAUUGGAGAAUAUGACUUCUUUAAACACAGUGACGGAAAUUCCAAAAAGGCGCAAACCGUGUGCAUAAUUCGAGUACAAGAUGGGUUUAUAUCACCAUUCCUGCUUGUCUUCCAAGGCUAUAGCCCCCAGACGGCAGCUCAAUUUCAAAAAUCUCUGCGAAAGCGAGCUGUGACUUCAAAGCAACUACAAGUCAGUUAG